AUGCCCACGCGCCUUCGCGAAGUGAAGACACAAAGUACGAAGAAGAAGUCUGACAGAAAACAAAACCAAGGGAUCGCAAAAUCCGGGGAGGGAAAGAUAGGGAACCACCCUGCAAAAGAAGAUACAGACAGAAGGCUGCCAGCAACGGCAAGAGCCUAUAAUUGGAAGAAGCCUUCCCCAGGACGGCACCUGGUCCAAAACCUUGCGAAAAAUAGAAUCAAUAACAACAAUGCAACACCAGAUGACACGAAGAAGAAGAAAGGCACAGAGUAA